GUCGUAACAAACCCCUAGGGUUCAUCCUCGACGCUUCCUUGGUUAAUUAGGUCAACAAUUUCGUCGGAUCUGAUGGCGUUGUCGGCUUCCGAUUUGCCGGCGAUGUACACGCUAUUAUCAAAUUCAAUGAGCGGUGACGAGACUGUUCGGCGGCCGGCGGAGGCGGCUCUGUCUCAGUCGGAGAGUAGACCUGGUUUCUGUUCUUGCCUUAUGGAAGUAAUUGCAUCCAAGGAUUUGGUGUCCCAUGUGGACGUUAGAUUGAUGGCCUCAGUGUAUUUCAAGAACAGUAUCAACCGUCAUUGGAAGAACAGACGAAAUUCAUGGAGUAUGAGCAACGAGGAAAAGAGUCAUCUGAGGCAGAAAUUGUUGUCUCACUUGAGAGAAGAGAACUACCAGAUAGCGGAAAUGUUGGCUGUUCUCAUAUCAAAGAUAGCCCGUUUUGAUUAUCCUAGGGAAUGGCCUGACCUCUUUUCGGUACUAGCACAACAGCUUCACUCGGCUGAUGUUCUUGCUUCUCACAGAAUCUUUCUGAUUCUUUUUCGAACUUUUAAGGAAUUAUCCACCAAACGCCUCACUGCGGAUCAGAGAACCUUCGCUGAGAUCUCGUCGCAAUUCUUCGACUUUAGUUGGCACCUUUGGCAAACUGAUGUCCAAACAAUUCUACAUGGCUUUUCAACUAUGGCUCAGAGCUAUGGUUCAAAUAGUGCCGAGCAGCAUCACGAUGAGCUUUUUCUGACUUGUGAGAGGUGGUUUUUAUGUUUGAAAAUAGUGCGCCAACUGAUAAUUUCAGGAUUUCAUAGCGAUGCCAAAUUUAUACAGGAGAUACAACCAGUGAAAGAAGUCUCUCCUGCGCUCUUGAACGCGGUUCAAUCCUUUCUUCCAUAUUAUUCAUCUUUUCAGAAUCGAGAUCCUAAAUUCUGGGAGUUUGUAAAGAAGGCAUGUGUCAAGCUGAUGAAAGUGUUAGGCGCUAUUCAAAGCAGACAUCCUUUUUCGUUUGGAGAUAAAUGUGUUCUUCCAGUUGUAGUGGAUUUCUGCUUAAACAAGAUAACAGACCCCGAACAGUCAUUGUUGCCAUUUGAAGAAUUGUUUAUUCAGUGUAUGGUGAUGGUGAAAUCUGUGCUUGAAUGUAAAGAAUAUAAGCCAAGUCUAACUGGUCGUGUGAUGGAUGACAAUGGAGUUACAUUUGAGCAGAUGAAGAAGAAUGCUUCCAACGCAGUUGGUGGUAUUGUGUCUUCACUUUUACCCAAUGAAAGGAUAGUUCUUUUGUGCAACAUACUAGUGAGAAGGUAUUUUGUUCUAACAGCAAGCCUUGUGCUGAAGCUCUAUAUGGUUUUGUUUGAGAACUACAGCCAACUGCUAGGACCCAUUGUUGUGUCCAUCCUUCAAGAAGCAAUGAAUAAUUGUCCCCCUUCUGUUACUGAAAUAACUCCUGCACUGCUUCUUAAAGAUGCGGCAUAUGCUGCUACUGCAUAUGUCUACUAUGAGCUCUCGAAUUAUCUUAAUUUUAGAGAUUGGUUUAAUGGUGCUCUAUCCCUUGAACUCUCAAAUGACCAUCCAAAUAGGCGUAUCAUCCACCGAAAAGUUGCUAUGAUAUUGGGACAUUGGGUUUCAGAGAUUAAGGAUGACACAAAAAGGGCAGUUUAUUGCUCUUUGAUCAAAUUGUUGCAAGACAAUGACCUCGCUGUCAAGCUGGCAGCUAGUAGGUCAUUAUGCUUACAUGUCGAGGAUGCGAAUUUUUCGGAGCAAAGUUUUCUUGAUCUUCUUCCAAUCUGUUGGGAAUCAUGUUUCAAAAUGGUCGAGGAAGUUCGAGAGUUUGAUUCGAAGGUCCAAGUUUUGAACUUGAUUUCUACUCUUAUUGGCCAUGUUAGUGAAGUCAUUCCGUACGCACAAAAGUUGGUGCAAUUCUUCCAGACGGUUUGGGAGGAAUCUUCUGGUGAAAGCCUUCUACAGAUUCAGCUUCUUGUUGCACUGCGGAAUUUUGUGAUUGCACUUGGUUAUCAGUCUCCCAUUUGCUAUAGCAUACUGCUCCCAAUACUCCAAAAGGGCAUUGACAUAAAUAGCCCUGAUUCACUCAACCUUCUGGAGGAUAGCAUGGCAUUAUGGGAAACCACACUUUCCUAUGCUCCUAUGAUGGUGCCCCAGCUAUUAGCAUGCUUUCCCUAUAUGGUGGAGAUCAUUGAAAGAAGUUUUGAUCAUUUACAGGUUGCUGUCAGUAUCAUGGAAUCGUAUAUCAUUUUGGAUGGAGGAGAAUUUCUAAAUAUGCAUGCUUCAAGUGUUGCAAAAAUUCUUGAUCUUAUCGUUGGAAAUGUAAAUGAUAAGGGGUUACUCUCGAUUCUUCCAGUGAUUGACAUCUUGGUUCAGUGUUUUCCUGUGGAAGUUCCCCCUCUCAUCAGCAGCUGUUUGCAGAAACUGGUGAUUAUUAGCUUAAGUGGAGGAGAUGACCGUGAUCCAUCCAAGACUGCAGUUAAAGCGUCUUCAGCAGCUAUCCUUGCAAGGAUUCUGGUGAUGAACACCACUUACCUGGCCCAGUUAACAUCUGAUUCAUCUCUUUCAGUGUUACUUCAACAGGCAGGGGUCUCAGUCGAAGACAACAUACUCCUUUGCCUCAUUGACAUUUGGCUCGACAAGGUGGACCAUGCGUCUCCCAUGCAAAAAAAGACAUUUGGCUUGGCUCUUUCCAUAAUACUUACACUGAGAAUGCCUCAAGUUCUUGACAAGCUUGAUCAAAUACUAAGUACAUGCACCAGUGUGAUCCUUGGUGAAAACAAAGAUUUAACAGAAGAAGAAUCAAGCGGUGACAUGAGUUCAAGCAGGUCUCAAGGAGAAGAAACCCCGCCAAGCAAAGAGUUACGUAAAAGUCAGAUAAAAGUUUCCGACCCAAUCUACCAGAUGUCACUAGAGAAAUCAACGCGUGAGAACCUUAAGACAUGUUCUACACUUCACGGAGAUGCCUUUAAUUCUGCCAUUAGUAGGAUGCACCCAUCGGCGCUUGCACAAGUGAAGCAAGCCUUAAAGCUGCCGUGAUUAAAUGAUUUUGCCUCUUCAUUGUUUGUUUUCUUAUCACUUAAAGAGCAGCAGUAUUCAAGUGAGUUUCUGAUUCCUUGUUAUUCUCCCUUUUCAGUGUCAUUCAUUAAAAAACCUCAUUGUGU